ACACCGCAGUUGACGCUUCGAUCUCUAAAAGUGCAUGUACUCCGAUAAGCAGCUCAGAGGGAGAAAAUGCCUCCACUUUGCUUUAUAAGCAGCAAGACCUGGACCGCCUUAAGAAUUAACAGGGAAGAGAUAAUUGCAAGGAAAGGAUGAUUUCAGAAUGGAAAGAGAAAUAUGAAGAAAGUAGGAGGGAAGUUAUGGAAAUGAGGAAAAUUGUUUCAGAGUAUGAGAAGACAAUUGCUCAAAUGAUAGAGGAUGAGCAGAGAGAGAAAUCCAUGUCCCAUCACACUGUCCAGCAACUUAUUAUGGAAAAAGAGCAAGCAUUGGCUGACCACUCUGUGGAAAAAUCUCUAGCAGAUCUUUUCAGGAGAUAUGAAAAAAUGAAAGAAGCUGAAGGAUUUAGGAAGAAUGAAGAAGUGUUAAAGAAAUGUGCACAAGAAUAUUUAUCACGAGUUAAAAAAGAAGAGCAGAGAUAUCAAGCCCUCAAGAUUCACGCAGAAGAAAAACUGGACAUAGCCAAUGCUGAAAUUGCACAAGUUCGGGGAAAGGCUCAGCAAGAACAAGCAGCUUACCAAGCCAGCCUUCGUAAAGAGCAAUUAAAAGUGGAUGCAUUGGAAAGAACACUGGAACAAAAGAAUAAAGAAAUAGAAGAGUUGACGAAGAUUUGUGAUGAACUGAUUGCCAAAAUGGGAAAAAGCUAACUUUUAACCAAAACCCUAAAUUACAAUCUUGAGUGCAAUAUGACCAUUGGCACAGUGAUAUCCAGUCAGCGAUGUGAACGUAUUCUAUUUUCACUUUUUGUAUGCACUACUGUAUUUUUUUCUUAAUAAUGCUGAUUUGAUUGUAUGCAGUACAAAGACUAUCAGAAAUCCUUGCUAUUGCCUGCAAUUCUUUCCUUUGUAUAAUUCAUAGCAAGUUGAUCUCAAAAGUUCCUGUAUCAGGGAGAUUUGUCGAGUUCUUUAAUAAAUUACAGUUGCUCAUCCUAGCCUUCCCUUUGUACAUGAGUUCCCAUGUUGGAUGUCUUUUUUUGGAUUUAAUAUGUGUAUUACAUGCAUGGGGACUCUUGCCUUAAGGAGUGUAAAUUUGAUCUGCAUUUUCUGAUUUGUAAAAUAAAAUAGAAAGUUGAAAAAUUAA